UAUAAUACUAAUAUACUACUAGUUACCAUUUGAAAAGCGUUGGUUUCCACAAAGCAUUGCAUUUGUUCAUGCUCCUUAAUUGCUGCCCAGUGAAGACAUUAUCACAGUAGUAGGUAAAAAAAAAAAAGUGGAAUCAGGAAAAAUGUAAGAAUAUGAUGCAAGACUGACUUUUAUUUAUUUUCUCAAUCGUCCAAAAAAAAUUAAAUAUAUAUAUAUAGUAGAAGUUGAGUUUUGAGAAUUAUUUCUUUGGGGACAGAGGUAGCAUUUUUAGGGGGCCAUUUGGCGUAGCUCUCAGAUCUCUAUGACUACAAUUGUUUGGUCUAAUUUCUUUGUUGUUCUUCCUUUUGUUGUUCUUAACAUCUUUUUGACUAUUGUGUUUAUCACUUCAUCACCUUCCACUGUUUGAAAUCAGAGAAAGAAAGGCAUAAAUAUGUCUCUGAUUUACCCAAGAGAAGAAGAAGAGGCUGGAGCGUAUCAUGACUGCGAGUUUGAUCCCAAUGCAGAUUUUGCACAGUUCUUAGAAGAAGCAAGAAACCAUAAAUGUGAAGAGGAACCUAAAGGGGCUAACAUAGAGGUAGAACAAAACAUUGAGGGAAAUGGUUGUCAAGCACUGGCAUCAAAUGGAGGAGCAAAAAGGAGCAACAGGAAAUCAUGGAGAAGCUCAUUGUUUUCUUGGUUGAUAAAAAGUGACAAGAAAAACAAGCGUCCAGUAGUAGUGGAAACAUUACAACAACCACAUAAACUGAGGCGCGGCGGGACGGCAAUUUCUGGUCCAAUAAUACAUGGUGGUGGUGGUGGUGAUGACCUAAUGGCGGCCGGCCGCGGUGGCAGGACUAAUUUUUCCGGGGCAUUGCUAACUAGAAGAAGAAGACUCAAUCCAGAUGAAGCAGCAGCUAAAAGUGAAAGACAAGAGGAGGCUGAAGCAAUUGGUAGGAUACCUUAUGUUUGUCUAAACCAUCUUAACAAUGCUCCCCGGACGCCUCGUAAUGCUCAAAACUAUGGUCCUCUUUACUUGGUGUCGUAGUAAGUAAACCAACGACCCUGUUUCUGUAGGCUUGAUCAGAUUUUCACAUGUAAUUUUUUAAUCAAGUUUUUUAUCAUUAACAAAACACUAGUCAUUUUUACAGUAGACGUGAUGAUGCCAACUGCCAAGUGUGUAAACCGAUAACCAUUGUCUUCCUAAUUACUACUAGCUUUUAGAUUAGUUAUUGAGCUGUGAAGAUAAAGGCAUCAUUGAUAGUAUAUUAUUUAUUUACUAGGCUGUUUGGGAUUUUUCAAUAAGACAAAAUGCAUAAAACCACCAAAAGCACAUAUGUAACCUCUAUCUCCUUCG